AUUCUAGGGGAGUAUAUGGUCGAUGAAAAAACUUCGAUUUAUUGUCUUAUUGCCUUCUUAUCAGGCCGUUUGGUGCCUGAUGUGCUGUCGGACCCUACAGUGAGUGUUUGGUUUUCUGAAUGAGAGUAAAUCUGACAACACCACAUACUUUAUAAGAAGAGCUCAGGGCAUGUUGAAACUCUGUAGGCUUAAAGGAACACUGACGCAAAAUGUUUCAAGUGAACAUAAACAGAAUUAAGAAGGAGCCUGCAUUUCUAUUUGAAUGAAACACCAAAUGGAUUUACUAAAAGAAACGAACCCACAUCACACUCCGGCUGUAGCGUUUUCCUCCUGUGGCUCGUUUGUGUCUCUACAUUAUUGAUUCCCAGAGGCUGCUGCUGCCGGCCAAUAGGCUCCUGAGACAGUUUUUUUUCAAAGGGAUGGGAGCAGAUGAAGUGAUGAGAUUCGUGUAACUUUUGGAUGACCCCUUCUUGACAAAGACCGUCUCCAUCAAUUGUCCUCAGUCAUUAUUCGCUGCUUUUAUGCCAUGGGGCUUUUUGUGUCUUUUGUUGGUUUCUCUGUUGAACACCAUGCCUUCAAGUUAGACCUUAGAAACUGAUAUAUUUUUAUAUCUGCUCGGAUAAAACGCACUGUGCACAGUCAGCCUUUCCUAUGUUUAUUUGUUUUUAUCAUUUUAAUGUUAAAUAUUGAAGUAAGGUAUUGGAACUGUGUGUAUUUUUCUUAUUUUUCCAACAUGUCUUUUUAUUAUUCGAAAGUGCAGGCAGAUGUUUCAGGGCAGUAUUAGCUUUUUACCACCAGGGUCUAAUUUUGCUUUAUCUUAAGUUAGAUUAAAUUGCUUUUAGUUGUGUGUUUACCCGUUUGUGGACCAGCAUCACCUCUAUUGGCCGAUCUGGUCACAUGGUUCGCUAACUUUAUUCAGUUGACACCAAGUAGGAGGGCUUUAUGGAGGGAGGAAAAAAAGACAACUCGAGAAAAAUUAGUAUUUUCUACCUUCAGAAAUUAAUGGCCAUGAGUUCGUAUAUGGUGAACUCUAAGUAUGUGGAUCCCAAAUUUCCUCCCUGCGAGGAAUAUUCACAAAAUAACUAUAUACCUGACCAGGGCUCGGACUACUACAGUCCAUCGCAGGACAGAGACUUUCAGCAUCCAGGGAUCUACCCACGGUCAAACUACACGGAACAGCCCUUCAGCUGCAACCCUGUGCAGGACUCCACAGUGCAGCCACGGGGUCAUGUGCACGAGAGAUCCAGCCACCAGAGCCCUUUUAGCGCACAGACUGAGCAGGGGCCCCCGGUCCAAGUGGCCGGACCCCGGACUUGUGGACAGCAGCAAAACACAAAGAGCCAAAAUGGGAUACAAGCCAAGCAGCCUGCAGUAGUUUACCCCUGGAUGAAAAAAGUCCACGUAACUACUGUGAACCCGGAUUACACAGGACCAGAGCCCAAACGGUCCAGAACAGCUUACACCCGGCAGCAGGUUUUGGAGCUUGAAAAGGAGUUUCAUUUUAACAGGUAUCUGACCAGGCGGCGACGGAUUGAGAUUGCCCACACUCUUUGUCUCUCCGAAAGGCAAAUCAAAAUCUGGUUUCAGAACAGACGGAUGAAAUGGAAGAAAGAUCACAAACUACCCAACACCAAGGGCAGAUCUGCACCAGCCUCCAGCCAUCUGCAAAGCAUUCAGAAGGAUAACCAGACUGAAAUCACAUCAUUAUAAGAGAGGAAGGUGUCACACCUUUAGAAAUUAACUGUACAUAAAGACAGAGUGCAUUUGACUUUUGCAUGGGCUGAUGUCGUUUUUAGCCUUUUUUUUUUUUAAUUUAACAAAAAUGACCCCAGCAGUGUUGACUCAAGACGGAGUCAGAAAAUCAAUCAGUCCUGAGGUUUGAAAGUUGAGCCUCUUCCUUGUUUUAAUUUCCUCAGAGAGACUCAAAACCAUCGAAACAAACUUUGUAAAUUUUUUUUUGGACGUUAUCCACCUGAGGACAUUUAAUGAGCAACCUCGGCUGAUUUUCAUGGAUUUAAACAAAGUGUUUCUGCUCUUCUCACGUGGAUUCACGCUGGUUUAAAGACACACUUACUUUAUUCAGAACAGGGAAGCCCUUCGUUCAAAUUAAACACACACACACACACAUAGGGUAUUUCAGUUUUUGAUCCUAUUGAAACUUCACAUAAAACGCACAAUAUAUAUAUAUACUUGAAGCAAACAUUAUUUGCAUAUAGCACGCCUACCACAACCUACUUUCGUAAAUUGCAGAAAACUCCCGUUGAAUCUUUCAGUUACACGUUUCUUUGUGACUCGUAUGUUUUAACUUAUUUUGUACAAUAAAGCUUUUGAAAUUUUCUUAGUCUAAAUAUUAUUCCAAAAAGCAAGACAUUCCUGUGUGCAUACUAUUCUGAGUGCCCUUAUAAAUCUCUCCUGACAUCUUUGUAAACAGUGUACAUUUUCAGAGGCGCUCUCGUGCCAUUUGAAACUCUUAGAAAGAUAAUUUGUUCCUGCAUGUGGCAUCAAAUUGAUAUGGGAUGUUUCUCAUCGGAAAUAAUCAAAUCCAGAAUAUUUAGGAGUAUUAUUGUUUAUUUUUCUUAAUAUGAUUUUUUUACGUCAUUAUUUAUUUGUUUAAAAAACGUGUACAUUUUCGUAUAGCACACAUACAAUUUUAAUUAAAAGUAUUCGUUAAACUUUUAUUAAUCUAAAAUAUGUUCGAACUCUUGUGCAUUAUUAGCAUGGCUUUAUGCAAAGUUUUAGUCUUAGUUAAUGUGGGAAUCUUAGAUUUUUCCUUUACACCGAGCUAACCGAGGGGGGCUUUCACGUCACGUUUCAAGACAGAUAUUUUUUUGUUUUAUACCGUCAUUGUCUUCAGACAAAAAAAGCACAGAAGCUCUCCCAGAACGAGGAGGUCUUCUCUGUGAAGUCUUCACGAGGAGAGGCUUGAAAAGGUAUUUCAACCGAAGGUCGACAAAAGCAGCAGUGGCAGGUUCAUGCAGGGGACACAUUUCAGCCGCAAGGACUGACCCCAACACCCCUGACCCGCCGGACAAGCAGCAUUUUCUCUCCCAGGCGCUGUCCGCUUUGGUUUGGAGGGUUUUUCCACACUUACAAAGCUAAAGCAUUCAAAGCAAGAGUCAAUGCGUGAAUUUCAGACUUUUCCACGUGUUUUCACCGUAUUUAUAUCAGGCGCAGCCCCCAAAAGAUUCUGAUUUGUCUCCUCAUGUCAAUAUGCAAUCUUUUUGGUUUUAUUUUUGUACAUGCUUUUUACAUUGUAUUGUGCAUUGAGAUGCGAGAAGUAUAUUGGAAAAAAAUAAAGAUUUCUACUGAUUAUGCA